CGGGAGCUGGGUGGGUGAGGAGCUGCGUCCGUGUGGGAUUUCACUUCACAUCCACCUCCACUCCAGUCAUGCGUGUACACAGUCGUGGAGUGAGUGGACACGAACAGGCGAACGGCACCGAGCAGUUACGAAGAAUGUGACAGCACUUCUUUUUUUCCCCAUUCCUUACGUGAAAGUUUAGCGCAGCUUUUUCGUUCUUCUUUUGUCUCUUAAAAUAUUGUGUUGGAAGAAACCAUGGAGCCGAUAACGAAGUGGACGCCGACUCUGGUAGUGGAGUGGAUGAAAGGUUUGGACGACAGCCUGCAGCAGUACGUCAGCAACUUUGAGCGGGAGAAGAUCAGCGGGGAGCAGCUACUGAAGAUCACGCACCAAGACCUGGAGGAGCUCGGCGUGGCCAGGAUCGGACACCAGGAGCUGGUGCUUGAGGCGGUCGAUCUGCUCUGUGCUCUGAACUAUGGAGUGGAGACGGACAACUUAAAGAAUCUGGUGGUGAGGAUGAGAGCUGCCACCAACACUCUGCACAUGGCCACGUGUGACAGAAGAAAAAGCCCGGCGUACGACGGCAGCACCUCGCGCAAGCCACCCAACGACUUCCUCACCUCGGUGGUGGAGCUCAUCGGAGCCGCGAAGAGCCUCCUGGCUUGGCUCGACAGGACGCCUCUUACAGGGAUCAGUGACUUCACAGCCACCAAGAACAAGAUCAUUCAGCUGUGCCUGGAGCUCACCACCACAGUUCAACAGGACUGCAGUGUUUACGAGAUGGAGGAGAAGAUCCUGGAAGUUUCUAAGAUUCUGAACAGCAUCUGUGAUCAGACUGUGAGAACCACCUCUGAUCCCCUGAUGAGCCAGUCGGCCUGUUUGGACGAAGUCCAGCUGACCAAUAUCAAACCAGGAGAGGGUUUGGGCAUGUACAUCAAGUCUACUUACGAUGGAUUACAUGUCAUCACAGGAACCACGGAACAUUCGCCUGCAGACCUGAGCAGGAAGAUACACGCAGGGGAUGAGGUGAUCCAGGUUAACCAGCAGACAGUGGUGGGCUGGCAGCUGAAAAACCUGGUCAUUAAGCUGAGGGAGGACCCCAAAGGCGUGGUGCUCCUCCUUAAGAAGAGGCCCACAGGCACGACAGGUUUCACCCCCGCCCCACUCAAAAACAUGCGCUGGAAACCUCCGGUGCCUCAGAACAACUCCUCGCUGAUCAGAGCUCAGUCUCCGUACGGCUCGGCUAACGGGUCGACCAAAAAAGAGAAGCCAGCUAUCGUGGACUUGUACAUCCCCCCUCCCCCGCCGAUGCCAUACACCCCAAGAGAGUUGAGAACAGAAUCCCUCUCCAGCAUCAGCAAAAGACCAAAGGGCUCCGAGUCACCAAACUCCUAUCUGGACCAGGAGAGCAGGAGACGCUGCACCGUCGCAGACUACGACAAGCUCAGAGUUGGCUGUCCCAUCGAGGCCAACGUCAUCCAGCCCAGGAUGAGAGAGCACAGGCCUUCACGUGGUAAGCCGCGGCCCCUGUCAAUGCCCGUGGAUACUUGUGUUGGAGUGGUCGAUCCCUACGCCAAGCCUUGGGCACAGGGAAGGAAAGGUGACGACCUCCUCUACAGAUACCUGAGCAACGAGAGGAUCCCCACCAUCGUGGAGGAGGUCCCCUCGGUGUCGUCGCCCUACCGGCCCACAGGCGGCGAGCGCCACCUCAUCCGCGUGGACCACAUCCGCGGCAGCCGCUACUACUCCAACUCAGACCUCCACAACAGCGCCACCAUCCCCUACCCGGAGGACACGAAGAAGGCCCCCGCGGCGCCGCCGGUCUCCAAGCGCGCCACCGCAGAGCGCUCACUACUGGUCAGUUGGAUCACGCGGCUUAAGCUAUUGACUCACUGAUGAUGCGCUUCCUGUCCGGGGCUUCCUGUUCCUGUCUUGUGCCUUUGAUGUUUUUUAACGUCCGGGCCGUGUUUUUUUUCGGCAGCUUCGGGCUUUCUCACACUCCUGUCUCCCCCUGACCUCCAUAUUUCCCUGGUGUCACUACCACUACUGUCAACUACUACUCCUCCUCAACCAAACUUGCUUUUGUAGCACUCACUACAUUGCGUCAUC